AGCCUUGGGUGGGCGGGGCUUAGCUGUGAGUAGUCGCUGAUUGGCUGUCUGGCUGUCAUGCUUUGCAGUUCGCUAGCCGGGCGCUUCCUGCACGUGUGACCGUGCUGCAGCUCCCCUCCUCGGCCAAGGGCACGCACGCCAGCCCGGGGAUAUGAGGCCUCUGGUCAGAGCAUUAGCCCUGUCUCGGGUCCUGGAGCUGGUAAGAAGUCCUGGGAGGAGGUGCUGUUCAGGGGAGCCAGGGAAGGAAAUUCGUGUCCGAUUUGCUCCCAGCCCAACUGGUUUUCUACACUUAGGCGGCUUGCGUACAGCCUUAUACAACUACCUGUUUGCCAAGAAACAUGGCGGGACCUUUAUUCUUCGUCUUGAAGACACAGAUAGAAGUCGACUAGUGCCUGGAGCAGCCGAGAGCAUUGAGGACAUGCUGGAAUGGGCAGGGAUCCCACCAGAUGAGAGCCCGAGGCAAGGAGGACCAUGCGGCCCAUAUGAGCAAUCUAAACGCUUGGAUCUGUAUCAGAAUGCGGCACAGACUCUGCUUGAGAAUGGAAUGGCCUAUCGCUGUUUUUGCACACCUCAGAGACUGGAGCUGCUUAAGAAAGAUGCUCUUAGAAACAGACAGACCCCUCGAUAUGAUAACCGUUGCCGGCACCUCACAACAAAGCAAGUGCAGGAAAAAAUGUCAAGUGGUUCCCCUUAUGUGAUCCGAUUCAGUUUACAAGAAGGCGCCCAACCUUUCAGGGAUCUAGUUUAUGGAUGGACUCAGCACGAUGUGGCAAGUGUGGAAGGGGACCCUGUGAUUAUAAAAGGGGAUGGAUUCCCCACGUACCACAUGGCCAAUGUGGUGGACGAUCACAACAUGGGAGUGAGUCAUGUACUGCGAGGAGCAGAAUGGCUCAUCUCGACAUCCAAACACUUGCAGCUUUACCAGGCCUUCAACUGGCAACCGCCAUUAUAUGCCCAUCUUCCUCUCUUACUCAACAAAGAUGGCACUAAACUGUCCAAGCGGCAAGGAGACAUUUUUAUUCAGCACUAUGCUCAAUGUGGAUACCUGGCCGAUGCCCUGUUGGAUCUCAUCACGAACUGUGGAUCUGGAUUUCCUGAAAAUCAAAUGGGCCGUACUCUGGAUAUACUCACAGAGCAGUACGAAGUAGAAAAAACUAGUACUCACUUCGCUCUACUGGAUCUGGAUAAACUCAAUGACUUUAAUAGAAUACACCUGACCAAGUCAAUUGAAAACCCCAAGACCAGGAUAAAGUUAAUUACCCAGCUCCAAGUGUUGUUAAAGGAAACAUACCGGGAUUUGGAGCUGGACCAGACAUACAUAGAGAGAAUUCUGUUACUCCGGAAGGGACAUUUGUGCCGACUGACAGACCUCAUAUCUCCUGAAUACUCCUACCUGUGGAUUCGACCCUCUGUCCCUAAAGAAGAGCUGCAGAGACUGUCACAUAAGGCAACAGAGAUUGGAGUGCUAGCUGUACGACUCCUGCAGGAUCGCUACAAUGAUUUUACUUUGGAAGAGUUAAAUGAAGAACUGAGAAGCCAUUUGCAGCGGUUGGAAGGCACAAAGUACAGCGCUGCCAUGAAACUUCUCCGCAUGACACUCAGUGGCCAACAGCACGGCCCUAGUGUAGCAGAGAUGAUAUUGUCACUGGGACCAACGGAAUCUGUCGUGCGGAUUCAAAAUGCUCUCAUUAACUGAAUAUGACAAUGGUGUCUACGUUGGUCUGCGCCUGAAUACCUGCUGCUUAAUACAUUUAUUCGGCUAAAGUUUUCUGGUGAUCACUUGUGAAAUGUUUCAGUGGCAGAACAUCUGGCAAUCUUACACUGACUUCAUGCCAAUAA